UAGCGAUUUUGCAUUGAUAUUCAAGGUUCAGAUAUAAGCGAGGGUCAUAUUUACAUAAGUUGUGACCUUAGUACGUUCAGACAACAAAAGAAUACUUCCACGAAUCUGUUGUUAGCGAGUAACGUCUCGGGAUGUUUUUUCUUAUUUAUUAGUUUAACUUUAGUAGCGAUUGUUCGUUGCUUUCUAGAUUAAAAUGUGCUAAUGUAAGUUAUGUGGUCGCGUUGUCGCUAAAUAAAGACGGCAAUAAAAAAUUAUCUUACCGUUUACCUAAACCCCAGCAGUUGUCCGAGAGGAGAGCAUUUUUAUAUAAAUGAGCCCCACCUAGUACCAUAAGCUAGUAGGUACCGUAAGCGGUUAUAUUUCUAGAGAAGUUAACAUAGUAUGUCCAAGAUGUGGCCAGCGUCGCAGUACUCGCACAGCAACGCCCCAAUCCCCAACAAUGCGGGGAAGGCUAAUGAGCACCAGAAUCAGCAAAACUUGAAGACGUUGGGAAUGACCUCUGCUAUUUCUAUGGCAGGUCCGAAGCCCAUUGAUAUUGAAAAAACAGCUGAGUUGAAGGAGUCCCUGGUCCCUUAUGGGGUGUUUGAGUCUGAACAAGAGAUGCAUCACCGUAUGGAAGUACUGGGGUCCCUGCAUCGGCUGGUGAGGCAAUGGAUCAGAGAAGAAUCCAUGAGGAAGAACAUGCCGCCGAGUGUUGCUGAUACUGUUGGUGGCAAUAUUUAUACUUUUGGAUCUUAUCGGCUUGGGGUGCACCACAGAGGUGCUGACAUAGACGCGCUGUGCGUGGCCCCGCGUCACAUCGACCGGAUUGACUACUUCGCAUCUUUCUACGAUCUGCUCAAGUUGCAGCCACAGGUAAAAGAUUUGAGAGCAGUAGAAGACGCAUUUGUGCCGGUCAUCAAGAUGAACUUUGACGGAAUUGAGAUUGAUUUGCUGUUCGCCAGGUUGGCGCUCAAAGAGAUACCAGAUUCAUUUGACUUACGCGACGAUAUGCUGCUAAAGAAUUUAGACCAGAAAUGUGUGCGGUCCCUCAACGGGUGUCGCGUGACUGACGAGAUACUCCGUCUCGUGCCAAAUAUCAACAACUUUAGGCUCACGCUUAGAGCUAUUAAGCUGUGGGCUAAACGCCACGGCAUAUACUCCAACACUUUAGGCUACCUGGGCGGUGUCUCCUGGGCCAUGCUGGUAGCCCGAACUUGCCAACUGUACCCCAACGCACUGCCAGCCACUCUGGUGCACAAGUUCUUCCUAGUCUUCAGUCAAUGGAAGUGGCCGCAGCCUGUUCUGCUGAAGCAGCCGGAUUCUGUCAACCUUGGAUUUCCUGUUUGGGAUCCUAGAGUGAACAUCUCGGACCGGUUCCACCUGAUGCCGAUCAUAACUCCAGCGUACCCGCAGCAGAACUCCACGUUCAACGUGUGCGCCUCCACCAGGACGGUCAUCAUGGAGGAGUUCAGACUCGGUCUAGCAAUAACAGACGAGAUAAUGCUCGGCAAAUGCGGCUGGGAGCGUCUGUUCGAAGCGCCGAACUUCUUCUCGCGCUACAAGCACUUCAUAGUGCUGCUGGCUUCCUCCGCCAGUCCUGAUGACCAGCUGCAGUGGUGCGGACUCAUUGAGAGCAAGAUCAGACAUCUUAUUACCACAUUGGAGCGCAAUUCUCACAUAACGAUAGCGCACGUGAAUCCCGAAUGCUACAACUCAGUGCCACUUAACACCAAUAACGGACAACCGCUCGCCUUGCCGCCAGGAGCACCAGUACCCUCAGAGACUGCGCCUGAAGUCAAAAAGAAUGAAAAUGGUGAAAUCAUAGCGAACUACUGUUCUAUGUGGUUCAUUGGGCUCGUGUUUGAGAAGACUAACUUGAAUGUGGAUCUGACGUAUGACAUACUGUCUUUUACGAAGGCGGUCAACUAUCAAGCCGAUAACACUAAUAUGUUGAGAGAAGGAAUGACUAUUGAGGCCCGUCACGUGCGUCGCAAGCAGCUGCACCAGUACCUGUCGGCGUCGCUGCUGAAGCGCGAGCGGACCACGUCCGGCACCAAGCGCAAGCCCGAGCCCGCGCCGCCGCUGCCCGCGCCCAGCAAGAAGACCAAGCGUCUGUCCGAGAGCAGCACGGACGAAGUAAGCGUCCUAUCCUACAACGAAGACUCAAACUCAUCAAACAUGUACGAAGUGAACAUGGCCAACGGGACCGCCCCGCACACAGCCACCGAGGCCGCCAAGCCUGCCGACAAGCCCGACCACCCAUCCACGUCCAACUCCAUUGCUUGUACGUAGCAGUACGAGGAGUGGCGGACCAGGUUCAUCUACGGAACCAACGUCAAGCUCACCAGAACCAAACGUGUGUAAAACUAAAGUGAACUAAGUGAUUAUAGUGUGUAAGAACCCGUGAUAAAGAUAAGUUUUCGAAUUUUGGUGCAAUUACUUGUGACGUUUUGGUGUUGUCGCCCAUUUGGACUGGUGGUUUCGUUAUGGUGAGUAUUUUGAUGUUCUCAAAACACUGAUUGCGUAGCGAAUGGAGUGUUUUCGCAUGAAUAUUCCAUUUGUGGACUCCACAUUUGACUGCCACGGUAAAAGCAGUGUAACUAGAUAAGUCGUACGAAAUUUCUAUUCAUUACACUUGUAAAUAAUUCCAUUAUUUAAUCAAAAUAAUUAUAAAGUAUUUUAGAACAAAAACUAAUAGAUAUUUUACAUAUCUUUUAGGUAUAGGUCUCGGACAAAUAUGCCACUAGCGGGAUUUACGAGUUUUAAAGUAAUACAAUUUAGAUUUAUGACAAAUAUUGAUGUAAUAUAGAAUAUUAUUUGGGAGUCCGCGCCGAUCCAGCGAUAUCGAGCAUUUGGUCGAGCUAGCGAGACAGAUAUAUUGACGUAAGUUUUCACUCACGUUGAUCAAACACUUUAUUACACUUUUAUAGACUAGACUAUUUCAUAUUUUUAAGUAAUUAGUGUAACAAAUAACUUGUCAGAUCUAUUUUCGGAGUAUCUCUUCUUAGCAGUGUUUACAGUUAGUCAUAGAUUCAAGAGUAGCUUGCUGGAUUCAGGUUUUAGUGGUAAAUAGUCCGUUGGCUCUAACAGUCUUCAAAUUACUAUUUUAGCGUGUUGACGACAAUGAUUGCUGUGGGUUCGAUACCCACACCAAUUUGAGAAUUAUGUGAUGUCCAGAUAAUAGUUACGGGUCUAUUCUGUGUAGAAAUUAAUAUGGCAUUAAAUUGUAAUAUGCACUCGCGAAUUUUAUAAAGCUUCCUCACUAAGUCCAUUCACAAAAUGGCAAGUUUAAUCCAUCAAAUAGUAUUAAGUCUUAAAAUACGAUUCUCACAUAACUUUGUAUGCUCCAUAGAUGUGAUACGGGGACAACGCAUCGUGGCUGCGUAAGUUAUCAAAUAUCAUUAGAUAUACGUUCAUAAAGUUAAUGAAAAUGGAAAAAAAAUGUUUUAGAGGUAACAAGUGAUAUGAAAACGAAGGUCCGUUAAUUGUACGAGAUAUUUGGGUGUUGUUUAUUUGCAGAUGGAGUUCGCGCGGCACGGGGUCAUGUAAGUCUGCUCUGUCAAACUUAGGGUAGGAGUGUCAGAUCGUUUGCAAGAAAAUAUGU